UCAGUUUACAACAAAGAGGGCGUGGUGGCAGUUUCUCGUGCUAAACAAGUGACCAAACUUGAAAUUCCAGUACGCAGAGCGAAAGGAUCACAAGGCAAUAUAACAGUGCAGUGGUCGUUACAUCAGAAUGACUCAACACUUGAUAGAGAGCUUGUUUGGCCGACUUCUGGGAUGAUAGCGCUGGACGAUGGUAAAUGGAACGAAUCUUUCACUAUCAACGUUGCCGACGACAAGAAAAAGGCACCAGAGAGUGUAAUGUGGGUCCAGCUUGAUAAAACCUCUGGUGGAGCCUUGUUAGCAUCACGUGAUCAAACAAGGGCAAAGAUUGUGAUCAAAGGGAACAAAGAACCGAGUGGGACCUGG